GUCGAAAUCUAUCUAAGUGCAUUGGGCGUGUUUUGCAAAACGUUCUAAAUUAAUGUGUUUUUUAUCGAAAUGAAGUAACUGAAUUUUUAUCACAAGGAAAUCCGGAACCGUGAAAGUCUGCUAUAAAGAUGUCCCUGUCACUUAAAAUCCACAUUGUCGACACCAAUGUUACCAAAACCAUCGUCUUUGAUCCUUCAACGACGGUCUACGAUGCCUGUAAAAUUAUCAGAGAAAAAUGUACGGAAGAAAACUUGGGAAAUCCCAGAGACUAUGGUCUUUUCCUGACCGAUGAGGACAGCAGGACUGGAGUUUGGUUAGAACCGGCCAGGCACUUGGAAUAUUACAUCUUACGAAACGGCGAUGUUGUCGAGUAUCGAAAGAAAUUGAGAACUUUGAGAGUUAAGAUGCUGGACGGCUCGGUGAAGACGAUGUUGGUCGACGAUUCCCAGAUCGUUGCUAAUCUGAUGGUUGUAAUUUGUACGAAACUCGGCAUAACAAAUCACGACGAAUACUCUUUAGUCCUCGAAGAUUUAGAGAACCAAGAAAACAUCGAGAAUCGAAAUUACGGCACUCUAACUUUAAAACGGAAACGGGAAGAGAAGGAAAGAGACGCAAAGAUGGAUCAGCUGAGAAAAAAAUUGCAUACUGAUGACGACGUCAACUGGCUCGAUCCCUCGAAAACUCUGAGAGAGCAAGGCAUAGACGAGAACGAAACUGUUCUCUUGAGGAGGAAGUUUUUCUUUUCCGACCAAAACAUCGAUUCGCACGAUCCUGUUCAACUCAAUCUGCUCUACGUCCAAGCUCGAGACGCCAUCAUUAACGGCACUCAUCCAAUUACCCAAGACAAGGCUUGCGAAUUCGCAGGAAUACAGUGUCAAAUCCAAUUUGGGGAUCACGUGGAGAGCAAACACAAACCGGGAUUCUUGGAUUUGAAAGAAUUCUUGCCGCAAUCUUACAUCAAAGUCAAAGGUAUCGAGAAAAAGAUUUUUGCUGAACAUAAAAAACACUUGGGUAAAAACGAAUUGGAGGCGAAAGUUACGUACACAAAGAAUGCAAGAGCUUUGAAGACCUACGGAGUUACCUUCUUCUUGGUUAAAGAGAAAAUGAAGGGCAAAAAUAAACUAGUACCGAGAUUAUUGGGUGUUACUAAAGAUUCGGUUCUUCGAUUGGAUGAAAAGACUAAAGAGAUUUUACAAACUUGGCCUUUGACAACAGUCAGACGAUGGGGCGCUAGUCCCAAUACUUUCACUCUUGAUUUCGGGGAUUACUCAGAUCAAUAUUACUCAGUACAAACUACUGAAGCAGAACAAAUACAACAAAUUAUAGCCGGAUACAUUGAUAUCAUCUUGAAAAAGAAACAAGCAAAAGAUCAUUAUGGAAUUGAAGGUGACGAAGGAUCAACAAUGUUUGAGGAGAGCGUCGCUCCUCACAAGGCGACAAUUCUGCAACACGAAUUAAGCAAAGUCGGCAAAUUAAACACUGAAUCGUUAGCCAAACCUGCAGUGAUGCGAGCUGGAACUGACGGUGAGAAAACAUUUAGUACAGGCAUGAUGGGUAGUGCUCAACACACUAUCGUAAGUGGACAAGUGAACGUAGGUCAUGCACCUCCAACGGUGCAACAAACAAAAGUGACGUCGGUGCUGACCGAACCUCAAAGGGCUUUGUUGUCUACAAUUUCUGCCACACAAAGCAAGAUAAAAGAAUCCGAAAUCGAGCUUGAAGGCCGCGCUCACAUCCCUGAACUGGGAAACGAUCCUGCGGCGAAAAAAUGGAAGCAAGUCACUUUAGACACCCGCAAACAAAACGUCGGUUCUCAAAUCGCAGCUAUGAACGCUGCCACUGCCCAAGUCGUCACUCUGACAUCGGGACCGCAAGAUGAAGUCGACCACAAUGCAGUCGGUGCUGCUAUAACCACAAUUGGAAGUAAUUUACCCGAAAUGACAAAAGAUGUGAAGAUGAUAGCCGCUCUAAUGGACGAUUCUAAUAUGGGCGAAAAAUUAUUGGACGCUACUAGGAAAUUGUGUAGCGCUUUCAGCGACUUAUUAAAAGCUGCUGAACCCGAGUCUAAAGAACCGAGACAAAGUCUACUCAAUGCCGCCUCAAGAGUUGGCGAAGCUAGCACUAGUGUGUUGGCAACUAUCGGUGAAGAUACCAUCGAGAAUAAACAACUGCAAGAUAUGUUGCUUUCUUUAGCCAAAGCUGUGGCCAACACCACUGCAGCUUUGGUUUUGAGAGCGAAAAACAUCGCAUCGACGUGUGAGGAUCAACAGACACAGAACCGAGUCAUCGGAGCUGCCACCCAAUGCGCUUUAGCAACGUCACAACUAGUCGCCUGUGCAAAAGUAAUAGCGCCGACUCUGCAAUCGCCUGCUUGUCAAGAACAAUUAACUGCGGCGGUUAGAGAAGUCGCAAAAGCUGUGGAAAACCUCGUUUCCGUCUGUAAUGAGGCUUCCGGUAAUGAAGAAUUGAUGAAUCAAUUAAAACAGGCAGCGAGUGAAGUCACUCGAACCCUCAACGAUCUUUUAAAUCAUAUCAAACUUGCGUCGAGAGAACGCGCACAAGAAACCAUCCAAGAGCACAGUGUGGAGGAAAUUUACACUGCCACUGAUCGACUUUCCGCUGCUUCGGGUGAUCCCAACGAAAUGGUGAAACAAGCGAGACUUUUGGGACAGGCCACUGCACAAUUGAUUCAGAGUAUUAAGGGUGAAGCUGAAAAGAGUCCGGAUUCGGAUAUUCAAAGGAGGCUUUUGGCGGCUGCAAAAACUUUGGCCGAUGCUACGGCGAGAAUGGUUGAAGCUGCGAGGCAAUGCGCUUCGCAUCCACAUGAUAUUCAUUAUCAGAGUGUGUUGCGUAAGACGGCUGAAGAAUUAAGAGAUGUUACGACAGUGGCUGCGACUACACCGGCAUUGAGAGCGAAAUUAGUAGAUCGAGUCAAGGUUUGUGCGAGGAAAGCGGUCUCUUCAGCCACUCAGUGUAUCACAGCGGCACAGGCAAGUCAUCCGUAUAACUCGAACCAAACCACAAGAGAAGCAUUGAUAACGGAAACACAAGAAUUGGUCAAGCAAAUCCCGCCUUUGGUGGGGUCCAUUAAAGCCAGUACUGCUAACCCCGAGGAUACUACAAGCCAGGUUGAUUUGAUAUAUGUUGCUGACGUUUUUCUUCAUCCUGCUACUCACUUUGUGCAAACUUCACAAUCAGUGUUACCAACAAUCCACGAGCAAGCCAUCACCGAACAACUCUCGGUCACCAGCCAAAAACUCAACACCGACUUGAGCGACCUACGAGGUGCCCUUAGUCGCGCCAAACCUGUCUGUCAAGGCCUUGGCUUAGGCGCAGCUGCUCAGCUUAUCGCCGACCUCCAAGACGAACUCAAUGAGUUUGAACGUGCCGUCAAAGCCCACAAUUUGAGGCCUCUCCCUGGCGAUACACCCGAAUAUGGAGCUGAAGAACUUAGUUCUAGCAGUAAAGCGAUCAAUCAGAGCGUAGCUCAGCUAUUGAGUGCUGCAGCUCAAGGGAAUGAAAUUUACACAGAUAAGGCCGCUCGAGACACCGCACAGAGUCUGAAGAAUUUGACUAGUGCAAUUAGAAGUGUUGCUGCCACUACCGGUGAUCAAGACGUGCAAUUGAAGGUAAUUGGAUCAGGACAGGAGGUGUUGAUGCAUUCGGCUAGGUUGGUGGAAGAAGCGCAGAAGAGUUUGCAUUCGGUGGAGGUCACUCCGGGGCUGCAGCAUGCCGCAAAGGGUAUCGCAUCAGCGUUGAAUCAAGCAGUUGGGUGUCUUCCAGGUCAAAGAGAUGUGGAUUCGGCCAUCACAAAUAUUAUUGAGUGGACGGCGACCAUCGAUUCGGGUCGUUUCCCUCACACUGAUAAAAGUUACGGUGAACUUCAACAGGAGUUAAACACUGCUGCUGCUAACUUGAACGAAGCUAGUUCUGUUGUUGUCAGUUCGGUGAAGAGUCCAAUCCAGUUGUCUUCAUCAUCAAAAGAUUUCUCAGCUGCUUUCCAUGAUUUGCUUGAAGUGUCAAUGGAGAUGGCUGGACAAACUCAAGACACAGAUAUUAGAGGGCAGAUGGUGCAUUCACUUAAAAACGUUUCGACCACUUCUAGUACACUUUUGACCACUGCCAAGUGUCUUUCUGCCGAUCCUUACCUACCAAACGGCAAGAAUCAGUUAGCAGCUGCUGCGAGAGCUGUCACUGAUAGCAUCAACCAUUUGGUGAAUGUGUGCACAUCAGCAGCACCAGGUCAAACCGAAUGCGACAACGCUAUCAGAAAAAUCCAAGCGAUGAAACAUCUACUAGAAAGUCCCACUGAACCAAUCAAUGAUUGCACGUACUAUGAAGCUUUAGACUCGGUAAUUGACAAGAGUAAAAUUUUGGGUGAUUGUAUGACCGGCAUUACGAACAGUGCAAAACAAUCCCAACACGAAAAAUUCGCUGAAAAUAUGAAAACUUUCAGUACUUACAUCUGUCAUUUCAUCGAAGCGUCUGCCCAAGCCGCCUAUUUGGUUGGAGUUUCUGACCCUUCGAGUAUUGCCGGUCGACCUGGUCUAGUCGACCAGGCUCAAUUCGCUCGAGCUUCGCAAGCUAUAUACCAAGGGUGUAAUGCUUUAUCUUCACCCUCAAGUCCCCAAAAACAAGUGCUGGAAGCUGCAACUUUGAUUGCAAAGCACACGAGCGCCCUCUGCAACUCAUGUAGAGUUGCCAGUUCCAAAACUACGAACCCUGUAGCAAAAAAACAGUUUGUCCAAAGUGCCAAAGCGGUGGCUAACUCGACUGCAGCCUUGGUGAAAGAAAUUAAAACUCUCGAUUUAGAUUAUUCUGAUGUGAAUAGGCAAAGGUGUGCAGAGGCAACUCGACCAUUGUUAGAGGCUGUUGAGAAUCUUUGUAUUUAUGCGAACUCGAGCGAGUUUGUCUCGAUUCCUGCGAAAAUCUCACCGCAAGCAAGACGUGCCCAAAUGCCGAUUAUUGAAGCAGGAAAACGAUUGAUCGAUAGUUCUUGUACGGUUGUGAGAGCUGCUAAAAAUCUAGUUGUCAUGAAUAAGGAUCCUUCGACUUGGCAACAUUUCGCUAGUUCUUCUAAAGACGUGUCGGAAUCGAUUAAACAAUUGGUUGUCAAUAUUCGUAAUGAAGCGCCGGGGAAAAACGAAUGCGAGAACGCCUCUUCGAUUCUUACAAACCAUCUCAGGACUCUCGAUGCUGCUUCUAUGGACGCGGUUUCUCAAUCACUUGUACCUAGAAAGGGUUCUACUUUACCGGUUUAUAGUCAACAAGUCGAACGAGCAGCUGCAGGUCUUUUAGAUACCAUUGAACCCUUGCGACAAGCUGCUAAAUAUGAAGCUGAAAAUAUCGGACAUGCAGUCAAUCAAAUGAUACAAUAUUUCGAGCCCUUGGUGCAAAAUACAAUUGGUGCCGCUUCUAAUAUGAAAAAUUCGAAGCAACAAGAACAACUUCUCGAACAAGCCAAAUCCGUAACAGAGUCAGCUCUCCAACUGGUUUAUGCGGCGAAAGAUUGUGGCGGCAAUCCCAAGGCUGUCAACAUUCAUCCAGACAUUGAUGAGUUUGCAAAUUCGACUCGUGAUACUUUACAAGAUUUAGUAACGAGCUUAGAAACCAUAUCAACACAGAGUGGAAUUGUCUCCGGAGUCGUGGACAAUCUGACAAGGGCUAUGACUCGCCUGUCUGAUCAUAGAGCUUCUCUGAUUAUUUCAGACAGCGACAGUUAUGUUGAUUAUCAGACUAGAAUGGUUGAGUGUGCGAAAGACAUCGCGAAGAUAGCGGGCGAAAUGGCGUCUAAAGCCCCCAGCGAUACGCAAAAACUCGCACCUCUCUCUGCAGAUUUAUCCCACAAAUACACCCAAUUGGCGAAUGACAGCAUCGGUGCAGCCGCCGCCGCCACUAACGGUGAAGUGGCCAUGCGUCUCAAAGAAGUUGUCCAACAACUAGGUGGUGCUUGCGUUGAAUUGGUGCAAGCCGGUGGUCAAUGUCUGAUAAGAAAAGAUGACAUCAUUUUACGCGAAGUCGGAGAUUGUUCUAGAAACGUCACCGAAAAAGUCUCACGUGUUUUGGCUACUUUACAAUCAGGCUCACGAGGAACUCAAGCCUGUAUUAAUGCCGCGUCUACAGUUUCCGGCAUUAUCGGCGAUCUAGAAACCACGAUUAUGUUUGCAACUGCUGGUAAUUUGAAUCCGGAGAACGAACAUGAAUCGUUUGCCGAUCAUAGAGAGAAUAUUUUGAAAACAGCGAAGGCUUUGGUCGAAGAUACGAAAACAUUGGUAGCGGGGGCUGCAUCAUCGCAAGAACAGUUGGCAGUAGCUGCCCAGAAUUCAGUUUCCACUAUCGUUCAAUUAGCCGAAGUUGUUAAAUUUGGAGCGGCAAGUUUAGGCUCCGACAACCCGGAUUCUCAAGUGAUGCUUAUCAACGCUGUCAAGGACGUAGCAAGUGCUCUCGGCGACUUAAUACACGCCACUAAAGCCGCCAGUGGUAAACCAAUCAACGAUCCAGCAAUGGCCCACUUGAAGGAAAGUGCUAAGGUCAUGGUUACGAACGUGACUUCACUUCUUAAAACUGUCAAGGCUGUAGAAGAUGAACAUACGCGCGGUACUCGAGCCCUAGAAUCCACAAUUGAAGCAAUCGGACAAGAAAUGAGGGCUCUUUACUCCAGUGAGGCUUGCAAACCUGGUGUAACCGCCGAAGACCUCAUCAAAUGUACCAAAGCCAUUACCAAGGCCACAGCAAAGUCAGUUUCAGCUGGAAUUAGCAACAAACAAGACGAUAUCAUUGCUGCUGCUAAUCUAGCCAGAAAAUCAAUCUCAGAUAUGUUAAUAAUCUGCAAAAGUGCCGCUUACAACCUUGCUGAGACUCCUGAACUCAGAGAAAGAACUCUAAAUGGAGGUCACGACUGUGCCCAACAAUUCAGAGAGUUAUUACUUGCGAUAUUGCAACAAGCCAGUCCUGCCGAUGCGAAACACACCCUACCGAUGAUUUCCCGCAAAAUUGCCCAAUCGGCAACGGAAUUGGUCAGCAUUGCUGAACUACUCAAGGGUUCUGAUUGGGUCGAUCCGGAUGAUCCUACUGUCAUCGCAGAAAAUGAACUGCUGGGAGCCGCUGCCUCCAUCGAUGCUGCUGCCAAAAAAUUGGCCAGUUUAAGACCACGAAAAUCUAUCAAGACACAAGACUUGGACGAGUCUCUCAACUUCGACGAGAUGAUCUUAGAAGCGGCAAAAUCCAUAACAUCGGCUACUUCCGCUUUGGUGAAAGCAGCCAGCGCCGCUCAACGCGAACUUAUCGACAGUGGUAAAGUGUCACGAACGCCAACGUCGUCGUCGGAUGAUGGUCAGUGGUCGGAAGGUUUGAUAUCAGCUGCAAGACUAGUAGCAGCAGCUACACACAGUCUAGUAGAAAGCGCCAAUGCUUUAGUACAAGGUCUUGGCAGUGAAGAUAAGCUGAUUUCGGCUGCGAAACAAGUUGCAAGUUCUACGGCACAGUUAUUGGUAGCUUGUAAAGUAAAAGCAGAAGGCGACACUACCGCCACUAGAAGAUUACACCAAGCGGGCACUGCUGUUAUUAGAUCUACGGAUAAUUUGGUGAGAGCUGCACAACAAGCCAAAAGUGUGGAAGAAGAGAGGUGUUUAGUACUUAACAAAAGAAUGGUUGGAGGAAUCGCACAAGAAAUUGAUGCUAGAUCGGAGGUGUUCCGGAUAGAGCGUGAACUGGAGGAAGCUCGAAGCCGACUUACUGCAAUUAGACAAGCAAAGUACAAAUUGAGAGGUUAUGAUACUUCAGGUGAUGACACUGAUGGUUAUAUCAGUUCGGCACAAGAUGGCGAAACAUCGCGAAAGAGUCCGCGUAUAAAAGUGGUUGUUGAAAAUGUAGACCUACCUUUCAGGACAAAUGGAUAUUCGAGAUACGGCCAUUACCAAUACGACAGUUCACACUCGAAUUAUUCCCCCACCUUACAAAACACCUUAUACAACGAUACAUACAGCCACUUAGAAAGUCCCGAAAAAGUCAGUUCUUUGGAACGCAACAAGAAGAACCUCCUUCAAUCCCAGAUUCAUUCACUUGACAACGCCGUCUACGGAGGCACCAACAGUUACGGGCAAAGCACUCAAGACCACUACAAUUCUUUCAGUAAAAAUGCACCUACAUUCACUUCGCACCCUUCAACACGUGCUAGUUAUGCCCCUGAGAGUAAACUUUACAGUCCAACGACCUCAGCUCCGUGUCAGAGUCCUUACAAACAACUCCCAACUUCUCCCACAAAACCUACUUUCGACUACACGUCCAAACCUAGUAACUUGACGACAUUCGGCGGUGGUGACGGUUAUUCAACUUCCGAGUAUAAAACUAAUACGUACAAAAUACCAGGAGGAUACAAAACUGAUUCGUUUAAAUAUGAAGCUUAUAAGUCUUCCUCACAACCAUCCUACUCUGCUGGUUCUGAGAAGUACUACACGAGUACUCCCAAUUCAAAGUUGCAAUUGAGUCCGUUCGAUAAGAAGACUUUUGAGUCGUUUAGUAACGGUGGUGACAAUCAAUACCAAUCAUCAUUCUCUUCAAACGUUGAGUAUAUCAACGAACCGCCAGUUUUAAAGGACUCUGAUACGUUGGAACAGAAGAUGUUGAAAAAGUCGGUCACGCAACAAAUCAUCGAAAAGAAAACAGUGCAAAUGACCAAGUCCAGCAAGCAGGAAUCUUCGACGAAAAGUUUUAGAUUUGAAUAGUCAAGAGUUUUCUUUAACUAAUGUUUUAGUGAUUUCUAAGUGUCUUUAUUUAUUGAUUUGAUGGUGCUAAUAUUUAUGCUUCUAUUAUUAUUAACCAAAUAUUUUAAUUAGAUGUCUUGUUAAUCGUGCCAAUUAAUUUUAAGCUUGUAGUUUAAGUCGGAUUUUGUUUAUAGUUAAUUCAGUGCCAAAAUUUUCAUUUACGUAAAGUUCAGGUUACUUAAGUGCCUCUUGAGCAUCCGAAAAAAGUGUUACUUAUUUUUUAGCUUUACGACGCGUGUGCUAAAUACAGUGCCUCAUUUUAUUGUAAUUAACUAUCGCUUUUUAAUGUACUUUUAUUAACAUAAUCCAUCCGGAUGGAAUGUUUUUAAUACCUUACUUUAUAAAUUUUUAAUUAAUCAAAUAUUUUGACAUAUGCUCGUUAAUUAUUUUGUCACCAACGAGACUUACGCAUAAAGUUUCAAGAUGGAUGAAAUACAUUGUAUAAAUAAACUAAUUGAAAAGUU